UUCACUUGAACCUCCGUGUAACUACUGCCGUCGUUAACGUCCUAAUCGCUCCUGCUCUUGUGCGUAUAAAGCCAGGGCCUGACCUUCGCCAAGAUACACUCUGCUCCUCUGUUGGGACCUGCUGGCUCGGCUCCCUUACCCAACCGAGCAUUCCGGUCGAGGCAAGCUUUCGUCCGGGAGAAGCAAAGGCAAAGCUCGGCCUCGGAGGCCAAGUGGAGGAAGCACUGAUCCAAGUUUCAGUUGCAGGAGGUGCUGGAAGAAACCCCGGCUUGGACACCGUGUUAUCCGAGGAUGUUGCAGAAAAGAUGGCAGGGAUGCUUCUUCUUGCUCGCCUUCCUUCUCUGCAGUGCAUCAGGCAUGAUGUCUUCAGAAAAUUCCCCGUCUGAGUUCGCCAAGAUUGUCCAGUCUAAGCAGACCAAGCAAGCUCGCGUAUGCGAAGCGGACCCCGAGCUGCUGCGAUCCCUGGCCGGCAGCGAGUCAGAGGUCAUGCUCACCAUCCCCAGCGAGCAACUGCAGCACAUCGCCGAGUUCCAGGAGGAAGCCGACCUCUGGGUCGUCGCCAACGUCGCUCGGUUCCUCCCGGCGACCAGGAUCACGCACGUCCUGGCCGGGGACGACGUGCUGCUCGGUUCCCCCGGCAACGCCUACUUCCUGGUCCCGGCGAUUCUCAACCUCCGCUCGGCCCUCGCCGCCGCGGGCCUCGACGGCCGCGUCAAGGUGUCGAGCGCGAUGUCCGGGGAGGCGCUGGUCGCUCCGGCGUGGUCCGACGUCGUGGGACACGUGCUGCGGUUCUUGAAGGGGACCAGCUCGCCGCUGUUCCUCAAGUCCCGUCCGUCGGAGUCCACCGACGCCAAGGUCGACGGCGCGUACGCCGCGAUGCGCGCGCUAGGCGUCUCGGGCGUUCCCGUGAUCGCGGGGGAGCUCGGAGCCAGCGGUGUAGUAGCGGUGUACUACAGCUACAGCUACUUGCUGAGGGGUCAUGAUCAGUCUGGAGCUGAAGGAGCCAAGCGGCGGUCGCUAGCGACGGGGACGUUCUGCGUGGCGCUGCAGAGCGCGGACCCGGCGGCGCUGCAGGCGGGGAUCAACUGGGCGUGCGGGCCAGGCCACGCUGACUGCUCGGCGAUCCAGUCCGGCGGGCCCUGCUACAAGCAAAACAACCUGGCGGCGCUGGCAUCCUACGCCUACAACGACUACUACCAGAAGAUGGCCAGCACCGGCGCCACCUGCUCGUUCAACGGCACCGCCACCAUCACCACCAACGAUCCCAGCUCUGGAUCAUGCGUCUUCGCGGGAAGCUCCAUGGCGGGAGGGUCCAACUCGAGCGUGCCGGUGGGUGCGAGCGCUCCGACCAGCCUCACCCCUCCGUCGGGCUUCACUCCUCCGGUCGGCUCCAGCCCUCCGUCGGGCUUCGCUCCUCCGGUCGUCUCAAGCCCACCGUCGUCCGACUUCAGUCCCCCCGCUGUCGGCACGGCCCCUCCCACCGCUUUCACCCCGCCGGCGGGCGGCGGCUUCGGGCCCCCAACCGGCGGGUUCGGCACCCCGCCGUCGUCGUUCGGCCCGUCGGGGACCUUCAACGGGAGCGGGACGUUCGGCGGGGGACCGAGCAGCAUGCUCAACCCUUACAACAGCGGGUGCCGCGGCGCCGCCAGCUUGACUGCUCUGUCCGCCGUUGCACUUGCCGUUCUUCUCGUGUCCAUGGAUGCGAUGUGAAUUAUCGAAGCUCUAGUGGCCAGAGAAUCCGUUGUUGCUGCUGUUAGGUAGUGUUUGUUUGCUCGCAUGGAAGAUGAUUCUGUAUAGUAUGGUUUAGCUGGAUGAAUUGAUUAUAGAUGAGCUGAUACAGAUAUGAUGUUCAGUAAGCUAUAUAGAAUGCUAUAUAUUUAUGUUUAGUUGAUCGUAUGAAAUAAGAUAUCUUAUAUAAGCUUUUGCUUGGUUGCUUGUA